UUUCAAAACCUCAUUUCAAGCACAAAACACGUACCGAUCGAAAGACGCAAAGCCAGAAACGAAAGAAAAAAAAUGCAUUCGGUAAAAGAAAAAGUGAGCAAUGCAGCCAGUGCUGCCAAGGCACAUGUCGAAUCAUACAAAGCCAAUAUGGAAGAGAAGGCAGAAAGAGCAACUGCAAGAACUCAGGAAGAGAAAGAGAUAGCACACCAGCGGAGGAAGGCCAAGGAAGCUGAAGCCAAGAUGAAUCUGCACGUUGAGAAAGCUGAACAUACAGCUGAGAAGCUGCAUGGGAAACACCAUGUUCUUGGCCAUGACACGGUGGCCGGAGUUUAUGGUGGACAUUAUCAGGCGCCUGUUGGUACGGUUGGCCAAACAACAGCUACUGGAGUUGUUCCUGGUGCUGUGCAGCACCACCACCAGCACCCUCUUGGUGCGGUAGACCCGGUCACUGGAACCACCGCUCCAACUUAUCCUCUAGGAGGACAUCUUCAUGGACAUAACAAACAUAUGUAGUUUUGUUUUGGGUGUUUAAUUUCGUGUGCUUUAUGGUAUUUAAAAUUCAUAUAGGGUCGUAAUAAAAUAUUGAAAUGAAAUAAGUCUGAUGUUUCGUCGUUUCGAUUAAAUGAAAGGGAGGCUAUGUUUAUGAUGAGUAGUGGAUCUGUAACACAUAGUGUAGCGCCAUGCUUUGUCAUUCUAGUAUGUUCUGUAUUUUGAUUUUGGUUUA